GAGCGGGCGAACAGACGGAUAGACGGAGGAAGGAAGGCGGGCAGCCAGGCAGGUGGUGGCGGGCAGCGAGUCCGCAGCGCCCGGAGCCUCGCACCUAGCGCACACCGCCUCCGACAUGGCAAACCGAGAUCAGCUGGUGCAGCGAGCCCGGUUGGCCGAGCAGGCCGAGCGCUAUGAUGACAUGGUGGCGGCCAUGAAGUCGGUAACAGAGUUGAAUGAGGCGCUGUCCAAUGAAGAUCGUAACCUGCUUUCGGUGGCCUACAAGAAUGUGGUGGGGGCUCGCAGGUCUUCCUGGCGGGUAAUCAGCAGCAUCGAGCAGAAGACCUCUGCUGAUGGCAAUGAGAAGAAGCUGGAGAUGGUGCGUGCCUACCGGGAGAAGGUGGAAAAGGAGCUGGAGGUAGCGUGCAGUGACGUGCUGGCCCUGCUCGACAAAUUCCUCAUUAAGAACUGCAACGAGUCCCAAAUAGAGAGCAAAGUCUUCUACUUGAAAAUGAAGGGCGACUACUAUCGCUACUUGGCUGAGGUGGCCUCCGGUGAGAAGAAGGCUGGUGUGGUGGAAUUGUCUGAAGCUUCUUACAAAGAGGCCUUUGAAGUCAGCAAGGAUCAGAUGCAGCCUACUCAUCCCAUCCGCCUGGGCCUGGCUCUCAACUUCUCCGUCUUCUACUAUGAGAUCCAGAAUGCUCCCGAGUAGGCCUGCCAGUUGGCCAAGUCAGCAUUUGACGACGCCAUCGCUGAACUGGACACUCUAAAUGAGGGUUCCUACCAGGACUCGACACUCAUCAUGCAGUUACUGCGGGACAACCUCACCCUCUGGACAACUGACCAGCAGGAUGAUGAAGCACGCGAAGGCAACAAUUGAUGGUCAUCCCCGUACCUGCCCUUCCUCCCCGCCUUGCCCACCCACCAUAUGUGCUAUAUACCUUAGUGCUGAUAUAUCUACUGUACACACUCCCCUAAAUCUGCUGUAUGCUCAUCAGAGAAGGAAAGAUGCUGAAGUCUUUGCUGUAUUGGUAUUUAAGCCCGUUUGCUGUAGUUUGAAA